AUGAAAAAUAAUAUUUUAGUAAUCUUGAUUAUUUCAUUAUUUAUCAAUUAAAUUAAAUCUGCUAAUUGUCCUGUUGGAACUGAAACUAACACAGCCGGAUAAGUUGAUGAUCUAGGAAAUCCUGCAAAUUGUGUUAAUUGUUAGAAAAACUUUUAUUAUAAUAAUGCUGCUGCUUUCGUUCCUGGUGCUAGUACGUGUACACCUUGUCCAUAAAAAAAAGAUGCUGGUGCUUAACCAAAUCCACCUGCUACUGCUAAUUUAGUCACAUAAUGUAACGUUAAAUGCCCUGCUGGUACCGCAAUUGCAGGUGGAGCAACAGAUUAUGCAGCAAUAAUCACAGAAUGUGUUAAUUGUAGAAUUAAUUUUUAUAAUGAAAAUGCUCCAAAUUUUAAUGCAGGUGCUAGUACAUGCACAGCUUGUCCGGUAAACAGAGUUGGUGGUGCAUUGAAUGCUGGUAAUGCCGCUACCAUAGUCGCAUAAUGUAACGUCGCAUGUCCUACUGGUACUGCACUUGAUGAUGGAGUAACUACUGAUUAUGUUAGAUCAUUCACAGAAUGUGUUAAAUGUAGAGUUAACUUUUACUAUAAUGGUAAUAAUGGUAAUACUCCUUUCAAUCCAGGUAAAAGUUAAUGCACACCUUGUCCGGCAAUUAAACCUGCUAAUGUUGCUUAAGCUACUUUAGGUAAUGAUGCUACAAUAACCGCAUAAUGUAACGUUGCAUGCCCUGAUGGUACUAUAAGUGCUGCUGGAGUAAAUAAUUGGGUAGCACAAAACACUGAAUGUACUAAUUGUGCUCCUAACUUUUACAAUAAUAAUGUUCCUAAUUUCAAUCCAGGUAAUAGUACAUGCCUACCUUGCCCAGCAAAUAAAGAUUAUGGUGCUGAAGCCACUGCAGGUGGUGCCGCUACUUUAGCCAAAUAAUGUAAUAUUGCAUGCCCUGAUGGUACUGCAAUUGCUAGUGGAGCAACUAAUUAUGUAGCAUUAUAAACAGAAUGUCUAAAUUGUGCUGCUAACUUUUAUUUUGAUGGUAAUAAUUUCUAGGCAGGAAGUAGUAGAUGCAAAGCAUGUCCAGCAAAUAAAGUUUAAGGCGCUGUAGCAACUGCAGGUGGUACUGCUACUUUAAUUGCAUAAUGUGCCCUUGAAUGCCCUGCUGGUACUGUACUCACCGAUGGAACAACAUCUACUUAUAAAUAAGCAGCAUCUGAAUGUGUUAAAUGUGCUGCCAACUUUUAUACUACAAAAUAAACUGAUUGGGUAGCAGGUAUUGAUACAUGUACUAGUUGUAAUAAAAAAUUAACUUCUGGCGCUGAAGCUAAUUUACCUGAAUCUGCUAAAAAAAGUAUAUAAUGUGAUUUCGCUAAUUUUUUAUCAAUUUCCUUAUUAUUGAUUUCUUAUUAUUUAUUAUGAUGAAUGGAAUAAUAAGUAUUGUUUAUUUUGUUUAUGUUAAGUUUUAAAAAUUAAAAAAUCAAAAAUUUAUAAAUAUUUUUUAUAUAA